UCCGGUAUUCUGGGAUCGCCUAAAACGAAGGCAUUGAAGAAUAAGCUAAGUAGAAAUGUCGAGGAAGAGUAGCAGAAGCAGCAGUAGCGUGGAGAGAGAUGGAGAUUUGAUCGACUUUGUAGCGAGAAUUUGGAACAAAACGGCGUCGGAGCCGUACUAUUUGUUACAUUUCUUAGUUUUCUUCUCUUAUAUCCCCAUACGCUUCUCCGCCGCCGGUGUCCUCUCUCCUUCUCGCUCCGGCACUCUUCUCAUCCGUGAAAUUCAGGCCGUGGUUGCGUUUUGUAUAUUGACUGUUAUAAAGUUGGUGAGAGAAGAAACAUGGGAGACCUUCAUUGCCAACACGUUCUUCUUUGCUAAGAUUUUCCUUGCUGCCAUUGCUUUUGUCAUGGAUUAUCACGUGGCACUCUGGUAUACAUUGGCUUUCUUAGUUAUUUACCUCUCAGCACAACAGCCUCCUCAUGAAGGAUUAGGUGAUUUAAACCAUUUAACACCAUUGCAGUUGGAAACUUUACUCACUGAAGGAAACAUGUCAAGAUUCUGGUUGGUCGAAUUCCGUGCUUCAUCCGUAUCUUCGUGUAUACGAACCAGUUCAUUCUUCCCAGAACUCUCAAUUACAUAUUCAAAUAAAAGGCUGUCAUUUGGGACAGUUGAUCUGGGGCUUUUUCCAAAUGCUGCUGAAAAGUUUGGAAUUUCUCUUGAUAGCCUAAACCAACUUCCAAUCUACAAAUUAUUUGACAAUGGGACAGAGGUCUCAAGCCUUUCAGAGGUGGAUUUUGAGACGUAUAUUUUAAGUCCUUCUCUGACUAAGAAACAUCUUUGCCGGCAUUUUGAGCUUGACAAGCUUCUCCUGGAUUACGUGAACGGCAAAUAGGUAAAACUUGGAACACUACUCACAUUGUAAAAGGGUUUUAACAGUGAUGUGCUCAUAUUUACUAGUAAUUAAAUUGUUGAGUUCAUACUGUAAGCCCCUUGAUUACUUUAAACAGUAACUUCCAGUCCUACAAGUUCUUCAAACGUACCUUGUUAAGCUGGAGGUAUGAUUGUUAAUAAUGCGGGACUUCAUCCGCAUGAGCUGUCCUCUGGGACAAAAACUUCAAACUUUUAUAUGGUACAAGUGCUUUUCAA